GUGAUUUACACAACGUGCUCAUUGACGGCAUGUUAUUUGAAACAAUUUGAUUGUUUUUAUAUUUUUUUUAAAGUCAUAAUGGCUAAAUUAUGUUCAUAUUAUACAUUGUGUCCUUUGAUUGAUCAACAAAGUUUAUUGGGAGUCGAAAAAGAUCAAAAUCCAGGAUGUGCUAUUGUUACUUUAGGACGAAAUAUAGUGAUAAGAUAUAAGCUUCAAGAUUUAAAACAAGUAAACAGUUGGUCAACGAAAACACGCCUAACCUCUCAAGUUGUUUAUGACAGAGAAACUGAACGAUAUGUAGCAAUAUUUAAUGAAAAAUAUAUUCGAACUUGGAGCGAUGAAGAAGUAGAUUUAGAUAAAGUAAAAGGACAUAAAUUUCACUCUGCAUUUAAUUCCAUAAUACUUUUAAAUAAUCAUUCUCCAGUAUUAGUACGACAGGAUGGGUCGACAGCAUCUUUAAAAUGGGCAUUAGCUAAUCGAAAAACGUGGCUUGAUUCUAAAGUUCUUCAAAAUGAUGAAAAAAUACAAGAUUGUAAAUUAAUUCAAGUCAACAAUAGAACUUAUUUAUGUGCUUUAACGAAAAUUGGAGCUAUGUAUAAUUAUGUUAUUGUUAAUCUUCACGAGGAAACAUUUGUGGAAAAUCUAGAUCAUAUUUCACGAAUAGAAUUAAAAAGAACAUCAGAACAACUCGUUGGACAUGUUGUCUUAUGUGAAAAAAAUAACGCGUAUCUUCUAACUUUAUGGUCUCACGGUCGAUUGUACAGUUAUCCUUUAAUAAGCUCAUGUUCAGAUCCUCCACCUGGAAUACUUGUUAGUGUACUUUCUUCUAUUAGUACCAAUCAUCCAGUUAUUAUGACAGCCUUAAAUGAAACAACAGUUGCUAUGUAUGGUGCUGAUGCUAACGAGGAAGGUGCCAUUCUAAUGAUUUAUAAUAUACAGUUCAAAAUUGCUCAGGCCACACAAAAGCUCAAACUAUAUACGAAGGAUGCCAAGCUAUGGCAAAUUGACGAUAAAUUACUUCUAGCAGCAAAUAGGCAUUUAGCUGUUGUUCCAUAUCGGUUAGCAUAUCAAAGAAUAGAAGCAAUGCUUGGAUCAUUGAAAUCAAAUCGAGAAGAAAUAGCAAAAAAUGAAGACAAUGACGUUGUAGAGAUACAAGAAUCUGUUGUAGCAAAUUGGCAAGAUUUUUCUCUACCGAAUAGAUUGUCUUUUACCAAUAUACCUCCUAAAAUAGCAAAACAAAUAAAUGCUUUGGUUCAUGAAGGAGAAAGUGAUGCUGCUAUUUAUCAAGCUGUGAUUCCUCAGCUUAUUGAAUCGAAAAAUAUUUCAUCUAUUUUAUGGUGUAUUAAAAAUUUGAAAGAUCUUCCUGAGAAGAUGUUAGUUGAUCUUUUAAUAUUUGGACUUAAAAGUUUGGAUGAUACAUUUGUACCAGUACAAAAUGGAACAGAUAAUUCACAUAAAGUUGCUAAAUAUACAACUAAAAAUCAAUUUUUGGAUCAAAUAUUCUGUUUAAGUUUUACUGAUUUUUCUGUAUUAACUCAUUUGAAAUCUGCAUUGACUUUUAAUGAUGUUUUGUGGUUAAUUAAAUAUUUGUCAGAUAAACUUCAAUCAACUGAAAUUAGUAAAUGUGACACUGAACCAAGUGAUAAACAAUUAUAUGAAUGGAUCGGUCUUUUAUUCGAUUCCCACUAUCAAUAUUAUCUUUUAUCAAAAGAUCCAGAAGUCUAUGUUCUUCUUGAUAAAUUAAAAAACAUUUUAGACGAUCAUUUUCAAACGUUGAAAGACAUCGAGGAUUUAAGACCAAUGAUUCAAAGGUUUAUGAGUGGAAAACCACUGAAACCUACACGGACGAACUGCACUAAAUUUUAUUCAAUAGAAGAAGUUAAAUUAUAUUGAUAAGAAAACAAAAUUAUUAAUAAAGAUAUGUAAAAAUUUUUUUACUGAUUAAUUUAACUAUUUAACUCUUUAUUUUAUAUAUACACAAUUACAUAAUAAGUAAUCGGAUGUAAAGUUCAUCACAUCACAUAAAUGAUGUUUCAGUUUUUUUUGUUUAUAUUCAGAAAUUAUAAAUAAUUAUCUUGAUACUAGCAACGGUGGAAUGUUAGAUUCUACGAUCUAACUCAAUUGAUCCACAUGUGGAACUGUUGAAAGAUUACCGAACGCUGCCAUUGAAGGUUUACCGCUAAGUUUUCCUGCUACCUAUUAAGCAAUAAAUUGUAAUUAAUUUUUAUUCAA